AUGAGCCCUCCAAAUCGCCUCAAGUAUGACCCUAACCCGCACUUUGGACACGUGUCAAAGCUCGACAAGGCUCUGGCCGUCGUCGGUUAUGUGGUGGUGGCAGUCCAGGUCGUCUACUUUUUCUUGCCAAACUCCAGGGUUAUCUACUGGCUACCCACAUCAAUAAUCCGCCGGGAUGCGGCCCGCGGCGCGGGCGCCUUCACGUCGCACCGCUAUGGGGACCGCCUCGCUGCGUUCCCCGAGGUGAUUGACCGGCCCGAGUUCAGCGGGAUCUGGGUGACCAAACCCGGGUUCACGCGAGCCUCCAAGCCGCGCGACGCCGACGUGGUCCUCAUCUACGUCCACGGCGGCGGCUACGUCACGGGCCUGCCGGAGCAGUACGCAGGCAUGCUCCUCCGCAUGGCCGAGCGGAUCGAGGCCGAGGGCCAAAAGGUGGCCAUCUUUGCCCUGAGAUACUCGCUCGCACCCGAGCGCCGCUUCCCCACCCAGCUGCUCCAGGCCGCCGCCUGCUGGGACUACGUGGUCGGCGAGAUGGGCGUGCUACCGGCCAGGGUGGCGCUGAUGGGCGACUCGGCCGGCGGGUCCAUCAUCCUGUCCCUGCUCGUGCACAUGUCGCACCCGCUGAUCGGGGUCGAGAGGGUGAAGCGCCCGGCCAAGCCCGGCAGGGGCAUCUUCCUGCAGAGUCCCUGGGUCAACCCGGUCGACGAGACGGGGUACGACGACAAGCCGCCGGGCACCGACGUCAUCGGCGUGGCGUCGCUGCGCGCGUGGACCGUCGCGGCCGUCACGGGGGCCGAGGAUGACGACGUCGAGCGGUACCUCGAGUUCACGGGGCCCAGGGACGACUGGGACGAGAUCCUGCCCGCGUACACGUGGGUGUCGGCGGGCGGGAACGAGAGGCUCCUCCGCAACAUCACGCGGUUUGUGGAAGCGGCCAGGAAGGCGGGCAAGAGGGUCGACUACGAGGUGCGGAAGGACGCGGUUCACGCCUGGCAGUUUUUCGAGUGCAUGAUAGACGGGGACAGAGCAAUGGCGCAGGACUUUGGGACGUUCGAGGACGGAUUGCUGGCUGGGACUGACGGGCUUGCUAAAGCGAUUCUUGAUACUCCAAGAAGCAAGUGA